CAUAUGGCAGAUAGUAAAAAAUAUUAGUUUCCUUUUACUCCCAUUUCCCCAUUAAAAAUCUACUUAUGUAAGAUACCAACGUGAACUUUUAACAGUCACAUUGGGGAUACUUUUGAGGGCAAUUUUAUGAAAUAAAAAAAUUUGUCAGGGAACAGUUUUUGUUGCUUUACAAUUCACUUUAUGGUAAAACCAGAGACUUUGAUGUUGAAGAAAAACCAAGUCUUAAUUAUCUAGAUUUCUUGAUUAGCCAACUUAAAAAUAGUUGAUGGUAAAAUAAAUGAAAAGGGGCCGUGCCUGUUGUGCACACUGAAAGAAGCUCUAAAGGCUGAUCACCGGUAGUUUCUCCGAGUGACCUUUUCAUUGCAUGAGUUCCUUCGGUUUCUUAAGCUGAGGGAGCAGAUACCUUUAAUUUAGUAGAUUGUCCAUUUCCUUUUUGCUAAAGUUUUUCUGGAUUUUCAGACAGAUAAUAAAGUGACAGAUUUUUUGCCUUUUCCCUUGAUUUUUUGUCUUUGGUUUAAGAACUUGUUGAAUAGCACUAUUGCCAAUUUUUUUUCAGGCUCUGUGCACCUGUGUAGAUAAAAUCAACCCUCUCAGCUCAAUGGAGCUUUCCCCCCUCCUUAAGUUGACUACUACCACAGAAUACUCAACAACCAAAGAAACCUUUACAGGUGGAAAAGAGCUUUGGGGAGUUUUCUUGGUCUCAACAAAUUAACCCAAUUAACUGGUGAGGCAGAAGAUAAAGAUAGAUUCUCUUGCACAUGAAUUCCCCAGGUAAGAGGGGGAAGACACAGAGGAGAUGCCAGAAACCUUAAGUGGCAACUGUAAAGAAGUGUCUUUCUGUUUCUUUAAAUAAUAUUUUCCAAGAACCUUUUGAUUAUUCUCCUCCCAGCUGUCUUAGAAAGAAAUUUUAUUGUUACUGUUUUAUGGUUCAAAUGAGUAGGCACCAAUAAUUAAUUGCAUCAUAAUAACAUCACAUAUCUGUAAAAGGCUUUGCAGUAUGCAGAGCACGUCCAUCUACCUCAUCUCAUUUGAUCCACGUAACAGUUGUAGUAGGGAGGAGGAAGGGUAGAAUUAUUGACCUUGUUUUAAAGAUCGCCAUUUAUGCAAGGUCAGGAAGCAGAGAACUUGGCAGGUCCUGAGCAGGAGAUAUUUUUUUUUAAAUCUCAGCCUUAGCAUUCUUUUUUUCCAUAAAAUAUCGUGAGUCUGUUGAACACAUGAAGAGGACUAGGGUGUAUCUGGAGUAGAACAGAAAAAUUAUUAUGCCUGUGUUCCCUUGGGACUCUUUGGAAAUUGUUCGGUGACGUCUUCUGGGAUUUAGUCUGGAGCGUGCAGAUUGGUGCCUAAAAUGGAAGUAGAUAUAAAUGGAGAGCCCAGAAGUACCCUGACCUCCCUGCCUUUGCCCGUGGCUGAGGUCAGCUCUCCGGGGAAAGCAGAGGCGGAGAAGCCCCGCUGCUCCAGCACACCCUGCUCACCCAUGCGUCGGACUGUGUCAGGCUACCAGAUCCUCCACAUGGACUCUAACUAUUUGGUUGGCUUCACAACUGGUGAGGAACUCCUGAAAUUAGCCCAGAAGUGCACUGGAGGUGAAGAGAGCAAGGGAGAAGCCAUGCCUACCUUGAGGUCUAAACAGCUGGACGCAGGACUUGGGCGUUCCUCUCGCUUGUAUAAAACCAGAAGUAGGUACUUCCAGCCAUAUGAGAUUCCAGCUGUCAAUGGCCGGAGGCGAAGGCGAAUGCCUAGCUCAGGAGACAAGUGCACUAAAUCCUUACCUUAUGAACCUUAUAAGGCCUUCCACGGGCCCUUGCCUCUAUGUCUUCUUAAAGGUAAGAGGGCUCACUCCAAAUCUCUGGACUACCUCAAUCUAGAUAAAAUGAACAUCAAGGAGCCAGCCGACACAGAAGUGCUACAGUACCAGCUUCAACACCUAACCCUCCGAGGGGACCGAGUAUUUGCUAGGAAUAACACAUGAGUGACUCGCACCGCUUAAACCACUUUAGGUCAGCCUCCACUUGGCUAGAGAAAACCCACUGUUGUACUCUGUACAUGACUCUUCACAUUAUAGAUGGUUAUAUCAGCUAAGUGUUCCUAGAACAUAAAAAUUGGAUCAGAUUUUGAAUACAGGAAUGAAAUCACAGGUACUUCGGGGGGGGGGAUAUCAUUCUAGAGCACGCAACUGCAAAGAAAACAGAAUGUUGACCGUUAGUUUGUAUAGCUCUUUAGCUAGGAAAAAAGGCUUUGGUACGGUAAUUUCAUCUUUACUAAUUCUGACACUCAAAUUGGGAAUGUUAUCUGCUUGGUUGUUGCUGACUUGGUAUGAUUCAUUAGAACUUUAUAUCUUAAGUACACAAGUACUUCUCGAAUCUCUGUAUUUUACUAUAAAAUGUAUGUAAUGAUUUGUUUUAUGAAAUUUAGAACUCGAACAUUGCUGAAUUGGACCACUUUUUAUUUUUAAAUAUUAGGUUUAAAUAUUUUAUAACUGGUUUUGCACUGAAAAAAGUUAACAUUUCAGAUUAAGAGAAUAACCUUUCUUCACUUGCCUCAAUAAUAUUGAGCAAUGAAUUUUUUAUUUCCGCAUGGAAAGUUAUUGGUCUCUCUGGCUGUAAAAUAUUUCUUUAUAGCAUUAUUAAAGUGUGUCUUAUUAAAUUUGAGAUACAAAGUAUUUAUUUUACAAUGAGUGGGGGGAAGCUUUUCCAGAAAGGUUCCAAUAUGAAGUUUUCGUAAGUUGAAAAAGUUUCCUUCGUGCUUAUUUUCUAAUUUAAAAUUCAUCUGGAACUUUAAAAUGGAAAGGAUUCUUUUAAUUGUGGAUUAUAGGAAUAAUGGUGUUUGCGUCUGAAUUUUCUGUAUGUGAACAGAACUUUAAUAGAGGAUCUCAUGAUUUCUACUAUUGAAUGCUUAAACUGCGUGUGAAAUGAUACCAUUCAGCAUGGCUUUGGGUCGUUCCAGUUUCCAUUCUGUACAACACAGCACUCUUGGAGUUUCUAAUGUCUAGGGUUAAGGUGCUUCUACAGUUUUAAUGGGUUAAUCCCGGAUUACUUAACAAUUUAUGUCAAUUGCACUGGUUUAAUUUGUUGCUAAAGAAAUAAUGCCCUGGCUUUAGUAACAAAUACAGCUCAACUAUUCUUGAAUAUAGUUUGAAAAAAAAUGUAUGUAACUUACCUUUUGUAAACAUUUCUAUUUCCUUUUUUUUUUUUUUUGACUCUUGAAGGUGCAAUUUAUUACUGAUUUGGCAUUUUUGGCAACACAGAAUUGCGUUUUAUGUUUUAUUUUGGGGGCUGAGAGUUUUUUAGGUAUUAGCAACCUUGCCUAUAAAAUAACAUCUUUUAAUUAAUGAGUGGGUCGUUCCUGGUACAAUUGUGAUUUUCCUUUAGCCAAAAUCAAUGGCAAACUUUAGAGCAGAAUGCAUAUUAGGAAACCCUAGAACUCUUAAUCAAUGUUUAUUAUACUUUCACUAAGGCAAACCAUGUGAAAGAGCCUUGGAGUUGGCCUGCAUCGUACUGAGUUGAUCAGAUUUCUUGGAGGGCUGGAAAUUUUCAGCUGUUGUAUAUUUUAAAGUAAAUUGCACCUUUGUAACAUAUUGUACUGAUGAAUGAUCACUAAGAUUAACUAUAUCUAUACAGUUAUUAGUUUGACAAGAAAUAGAAUCCUGUCAGAUGCCAAAGAGUUGGGAUUUUUACAUUUAAUGAUUAAACACCGUUAUUUAUUGAUGAUUUACCCAUGGAACUGUAUUAUUUCUAACUAUGAAAUAAAAGGGUGAUGUAAACAUA